GGAUGCAUGGAACGGCACCCUCCUAUCCUGGCCAGGAUGCUGUCCUGUACAGUCACACAUGGCAGCCCUGGGACCAUGUUGAACACAGGGUGUCUGAUGAGGCCUCCUUUGCAGGUGUCAGUCGCCAGGAUGUCGAUGCUGUGGGCCCUGCUACUCAUGCUGAGCUUCCAGGUAGGGACACCGGACCAGCUGGAAGCAACCACCAUGCUAAACACCCUGCAAGCCUUACCCCUCUUGCCUGCACCAAACACAGCCCUAGAAGUCGUGACACCCAAACCAAAAUUCAGAAAACGCUUCUCAACCAAAAAAGGCUCUCCCUCCAUAAAGAGUCCAGAUGGCACCAUAGGAGGCAGGUGCCCACCCGUGGCCGAGUACUUCCUAUCUGAGAGCAAACUCAAUGACUAUCUCAACAGCUCCCUGCCCGCAGAGAUUGAGAAGCUGUUCAAAUGUGAAGAGGUCAACCUGGCCGGUGUGCUCGGCUCAGUGCUAGCCACGGUGAGCAACACGGACCUGCUCUCUGCGUUAGACCUCGGUUCAAUCCUCAACAUGGAAGGUGGCGGCCUUGGCGACAUCCUAGGCCAGGGAAGCAGUGGCAACUCGAAGGGCUCAGACCUGCUGGGCGGGCUGCUGCCACUGGAAAAUGAAGGGCUGGGCGGCCUGCUGGGCAGUGGCGGUAAAGGCAAGGGCACCGUCAAAGGCCUUCUGGAAGGCACUGGGCUCUCCAGUCUCCAGCAGCCACUGGACGACGUGGUCGGCAAAGCCACAGACCUCAAGGAGUCCGCCAAGAAUGUGAUGAACAAAGCCCUGCCACCAGACGUCAGUGACGCCCUCACAGGCAUGCUGGGAGGCCUGGACCUAGAUGAGCUCCUGUUGGGACUGCAGGUUCAGGAAGUGACAGUGGAUAGCAUAAACUCCACCACAGCUAAGGAUGGGAUCCACGUCCUUGCCUCAACAACCGCAGUCAUAGGCGGGAAAGGCCUUGCUGGACCCGUCAUCAGCCUGCUGGGAUUCCAUGUGUACUCGGACGUGACCCUGACUAUUGGCAUUUCCACCAACGACACCCAGUGUGUCAAUCUCCAGGUCCAGAGCCAAAACAUCCAGGUCAACAAAGUGACCGUUCAAGUUGUGGAAACGGUCACUGAUGUCUUGCCUGUGUCUUUGCCCCUGCCUCUGGACAGCAUAGUUGCUAAACUACUGUCAGUGGAACUGAACAAGAAUGCGGAAGAAUCGGAAUCCUGCGACAUCGUGCUCAGUGGUUUCAACGACUGCAAAAACUCUACUGGCCUGUUCCAGUACCAUGUGAAGGUGACCCGCUUCUCCCCCGAAGGUCUCUCGAUCUUCUACUGUGCGGAGUCCCUCUUUGGUAAGAAUGUGGGCCCCGUUCCUGGAAGACUCCUCCCGCCCCAUCCCAAGAACGCCAACAUUUCCCUGACCCUGUCCCACACACUGCUCGAUACAAUUGAGACCCAUCUCAGCAAGCAGAGCACCUUCCAGGCCAACAACCUGCAGGCGAGCAUCACCAAAAUGAGCCACACAUACAAAAAUAAUGACACGGUCCAGGUCACCUACCGGAGCAGUAUAAAGAAGGACGGCGAGAGCUUCGCCAGCGGGGAAUCGGUCUUAGUCAUCUGGUAUGACAGCAAGAUUUCAAAAGACAAGCUGACAACAGAGCUUAAACUUGUGAGAUCUGAUCACAGCGUGACACCACCUGAGAUGAAGGACGAGGUGCAAGAAGUAAUGACCGGACUUGAGAAGAAGUUCUGGUCUGUCCUUGUUGAAUCUUUGAAAAACUGGAAUGUACCAGUAGGAGCAACCUCCAACCCUCUAAACAACGCCAAGGUUAACGUGACUAAAAUGAACCAUCUUCAGGCGGCAAACUAAACCCAGCACACUGAGAGCUAGGCAAUGUUCCAGAAUGAAAGUAAACAACCCCUGCGAAAUACUACACACAAGACACCCUGAUGAUUAGGGAACCAAGUAGAGGCAGCAUUCUUAGCAUGUCAACUAUCCUUUGUGAGUUUAACAAGUCCAGACAAGCAAAACAUCAAGAAUGUUGGCAUUUCUGUAAUCAGUUCUUUAAUAAAUGAAUCUUCUUCAUGCAAAACUUGUCUCACUUGUCUUCAGUUCCCAUAAAUAGAAGUUUCUUCAAGUACUUAUGCCUAGUCAUAGAAUUCCUUGUUUU